GCUUUUGCUUUUUCAAUCGGAAAGCAGAACCUUUUCUUUCAUCGCUUCGAGUAGCAGUCUCGAUAUUAAAUCGUUCAACAUGUUCAAGCUGUGCAUUCUCUCCGUUCUCCUAACUAUCGUAUACGCUGCACCUGCACCUGCGCCAGGAGCAGUGCUGGCGGCACCUGCGGCAAUUGCGGCAGUUCCAGCGCCCAUCGUGACAGCAAGUAGCAGCCAAGUGGUCGCUAGAAAUUACAACACGCUCGCCGCAGCUCCACUGGCUCCGAUCGCCUAUGCCGCGUCACCUCUAGCAGCUUACAGCACUCAUGCCGUUGCACCACUUGCACCUGCUGCAUACGCAGGAUACGCUGCUUAUUCCGCACCACUCCUCCUGGCCGUCAUGGAGGACCUUGAAGAAUCAUCACGUGCGUCCCUACCCCCCAUAUUAAUGUAUGUCCGCGCAACAAAGCUCCAUUGGUUGUCGACAUCCGCGACUGAAGGAAGAAACGGAAAAAGAAGAAAUCGCUGCCUAGCGCACGUUCGUUUUCUGCUUGAGACAAGGCGACGCCCUCUUCGAAGGUGCGUUAAGAAAACGCAAAAGAGAGAAGGGAGGUGGAGGCCGAGGGAUUGCUUGCUCCUAUAUAAGACGAGAUAUGUCGUAUUUUCGAGUAUUAUCGUACUGACUGCAAGCCAGACAUAUACGAGCUUCAAGAUGUUCAAACUGUUGUGUUUGUCGGCCUUUUUGGCAUUCGCCGCGGCUGCACCCGCACCGGCGCCCGCGCCAGCACCGGCACCGGCACCCGGGGCGAUUAUCGGCGCUCCGCUUGUGACAUCCUACAGUGCUCCCAUCGUUUCCGCACCGUUAGCUUACAACGCAUACAGCCUACCGACUUACAGCGCGUACUCGGCAUACCCGGCCUUACCGUACGCGUAUAAGAGUUACGCGACUGGCCUAAUCGUCUAAACACCGGAGGACCGAGCAUUCAGGAGAUUAAGGACCAAUUUCCAUCGACACACUUCACAAAUCGAUCGAUCGAUCAAUGAUCAACGCCUACGAAAUCUUUUUCAAAAAUUAACCACGGAUUUGUGUUUCUCCGCGGUUUCAUUCUCUUCAUCCCUUUCUCAUUCGUUCGAAUAAUUCCGCGUUUACAUUCCAUUAGACCCAGAAUCAAUAAAGCCGCUUAAAAGCAAU